AUGUCCAACGACGCACUGUGGGUGUCCGACGCCAUGUUGGACUCACUCAGUAUGCAACUUCGGGAUGCCGAAGCUCGUCGAGCGGAAGCAGAACGUGCACACCAGGAUGCUCUGGCACAGCUUAGAGGUAUGUCGUCCGGCAUGGGUAGGAUAAGUGAACCGAUAGAAACGUUGCAGUCCAGAGCCCGGGAGUUGGAGAAGAAGGCCGCCCUCGAGACGGUCCGCUGCGAGGAGCUGCAGCUCGAGCUUUCGGCGGCGCUGAAAUCCCGCCCAGGACGCACAGUCGGAUCUGGCUCGGGCGGGUCGAGUGGACCGAUGAUGACUAGCCUUGGUGGCACGCUGUCCGGAACCGGCAUGGUGGGUUCGACCUCCAUCGGCAAUAGCUGCACCGCCGUGAGCAAUCCUUCGUCCGCCAGCGUAACCCUCAAUAGCAUCGGCGGCGGCGGUGGUGGCGGCGUCUACGGCCAUGCAAGCUCCGUGGUGGGCAACAGUAGCGCCCUCGAGCGGUCGCUAGCAGGUUACGGCAGCUCAGUGACCAGCUCGGGCGUUGGCAGCGGUGGGGGCCGCGGGAUGGACGGCAUGGGAGGCAUGGGACACGGCACGAGCAUCGGUAUGAGCAGCAGUAGUGGCAUCGGAUCCGGCAACACCGGCGGCAGCACCGUCACCUGGGCUCCCACGCCAACCGGACACCAGCAGGGCACCGAGAUUGAUAGAAUAAUGGCAAAGAUCGAACAGGCACGUUUAUCCAUUGCUAAUGACAAUCGCAUAUUGGCCGAGCUCGAACAUCCACGCACAACCGGACCGAUCAUGUCGUCGGCGCUGGGUACUAGCGGUCUGUCGAGCGUAUCGGCUGGGCUCGGACUGUCCUCGCAUCAGUCGCACCUGCAUCAGACGCCCUCGAGCCUUGCAUCACAGAUCACCACUUCGGCCAUACUAGGCGGCUUGUCCGGAUUAAGCGGCGCUCCCAUGGGUACCGGUGGGCUUGGCAUGAACUCGAUCGGGCUCGGCAUGGGUGCCCCUGGUAGUGCCAGCGGAAUCGGCGCCGGCGUUAGUUCGGCCAUGGCCGCCGGUAUCAGCUCUAUCACCGGCGGUGUCAGCUCGAUGGGAGUGACAUCAAGCGCUAGCAGCCACGCACUGGCCGACGGGCAGUAUAGCGGCCUCACGUCGUCCACCGGCGGAAGCAGCACGAACCACUACUCGACCAACGCCAACGUUUCACCACUGCCAAGCCGAGCAAACCCAAUGAGCACCACCAUGCCACCCCUCUGCCAGAGCACGACCAUGCCUGUCCUGUCGCUGCACAACACCCACUCGAUACCGUCGGGUUCGGCGAGCUACACACUGGGGCUGAGUGUUGCGCCAGUCGCUUCAUCCUACACCUUUCCGACACACUCGGCCACGACCGGUGGGUUGGCGAGUGUGCUGGGGGCGACGUCUGGCGUGACCGGAGCCGGCGUGUCCGGACUGACCGGGCUGGGCGGUGGGCUAGGGACGGGUGGCGGGCUCAACCUCACCUCAACCAACCCACUCACCAGCUCACUCGGUACCAACCUGACCAACUACAACACCAGCUCGUCUUACUCGACCUACACCAAUCCGCUGUUGAGCGGGACCGGCGGUAUCAGCUCGAAACUCAACAUGAAGCCGCUCGACGAGCUUGACUUGCUGACGCGGUACGGUGGACGGGGCGGCACCCCUUGUUCUCCCAUUCCCCCCGCCAACUGGGGUCUGGACAGCUACAGUGGCAUCGAUGGCGUCAAUCCCGCCUUCAUGCACACCCAAAACCGAUCGCUCAUCGGCAUGGAGCUGGAUGCUCGAUCGCAUGGGCUCACGCUGAACGGAACAGGUGAGCCGCAGGUCGACAUGCUGGACAUCCCGGGCAAGGGUAGAUGCUGCGUGUUCAUCGCCCGGUUCUCUUAUGACCCACCGGAUGUGGAAGGUUCAGAAGGAGAGCUAGCGUUGUGUGCCGGUGACUACCUGCUGGUUUGGGGUAACGGUGAACCCCAGGGUGGAUACUUCGACGCGGAACUUCUGGACGGUCGACGAGGACUCGUGCCGGCGUCCUUUGUGCAGAGACUCGUCGGCGAUGACCUGUUGGAAUUCCACCAGGCCGUGGUUUCGACGUUGCGUGAUGCGGACGACGCGCCUAUCCCACUCGAUCCGGCCCCGCUGCCCUCGAAUAAUCCGCUCAUUCCACACACGUCCGAGGAUCUGGCGCGGAUCAGCGAAACUCAUACCGAUCUAGGACAAGAUCUCGACGAUGAAGCCGACACAGUUCCUGCACCGAAGCACCUGACCCUGGAGCGGCAGCUGAACAAGAGCGUCCUGAUCGGUUGGUCACAACCGGACCCGCCGAUGUGCAACCAAAUUGAGAGUUACCACGUCUACGUGGACGGCGUUCUCAAGGUGACGGUGAAGGCGACUGAACGUACACGCGCUCUUGUCGAAGGAGUCGACUCCAACCGGCCACACCGAAUCAGCGUGCGCAGUGUGACGCAGCAUCGUCGUACGUCGAGGGAUGCAGCCUGUACGAUGAUUAUAGGUCGCGAUACGGCUCACCUCGGGCCAUCCGCCGUUAGGGCGACGCACAUCACGUGCUCGAGUGCGGUCAUCUCGUGGUUACCGGCGAACUCCAACCACCAGCACGUCGUUUGCGUCAACAACGUCGAGGUGCGAACGGUUAAGCCCGGCGUAUAUCGGCACACGAUCACUGGUCUGGCUCCAAGCACCCAGUACCGUGUGACGGUACGUGCCAAGCAUCUACGAGCUCCAGGACAACAGCAGGUUCCUCCGACUGGACCUCCACCUGAGGAGGCUCCGGGAGCGUAUACCGAUUUCCGCACCCUCGCUAAAGGACUUCCGGAUCCACCGCAGGAGAUCCAAGUCGAGGCCGGACCACAGGACGGUACGCUGCUCGUAACGUGGCAGCCGGUGACGCGUCCGCCUUCAUCCGGACCCGUCACCGGUUAUGCCGUGUACGCCGAUGGCAAGAAGGUGACCGACGUCGACUCCCCAACUGGAGACCAUGCGCUCAUCGACAUUGGCAAGCUGGUGGGCCUGAACCCGCGGGCCGUUACUGUGCGGACGAAAUCGCGCGAUUCGCAGUCGGCUGAUAGCACGCCGACGAUGAUACCAAGCUUCGGAUACCCUGAACCAAAUACUGAAAAUGGACUAAACUAUUCAUCAUCAUCACUACAUCAACAACAACCACCACCCCUUUUAUCGACACCACCACAACAACAUCAUCAACAACAACAACAACUACAACAACAACAACAACAACUUCACCAACAACAACAACUACAACAACAACAACAUCAUCAUCAACAACCGCAACACAAUCAAGACCAAGUGCGUGCCGCCGCUAGGAAUCGGAAUCCGGGGAGUGCGAUGCAGCCGCAACCGGGUGGCCAUAUGCGCAACCAGCGAAUGAUGAACAACCAGGUGAUGGGUGGCAUGAACAAUCAGAUGCAGCAGAUGAAUCCCAACCAGGUCAUCGAUCACGACGAGAACCUCAGCGAUAAGGAGAUCUACCCGGGAUCGAUGCACCAGCAGGAACGGUCGCAGCGUGACUCGAACAGCAGCAGCAUACCGGCGAUCGAAAUCACGAAAGAUGCGACCGGCGAUACGUAUGUUAGCGACGAUAGCGAAUACCAAGAUGGUGCCAGCAGCGGCGGCGGAAGUAGCCGUCGCCGCAGCGGCUCUCACGGGCCGCCGCAGCAGCAACAGGGUUACCGCAAUCAAGGUAUGGCCGGCAACGCCGCCGGGCGACAGCAGAACCCACAAGGACCAAACCAGCAGUACUACGGUAAUCCGGGACAAUCGCAACCAGGCAUGACCGGGCAGCAGCAGCAGCAGCAACAGCAACAGCAGCAACAACAACCCGGCAUGAAUCGCAACCAGAACCAGCAGCGUCCUGGCAUGAACCCGAACCAGCCGAUGCCAACCCAAGCCCAACAGCAGCAACAGCAACAGCAGGCGCAACAACAACGGAUGGCUCAGGGUGGCGUAGGAACGGGACAGCAAAUGACGCCGCAGAACAUGCAACCAUAUCCGCCACACCUAAGCGGGGCGUCCAAGAAACCGCGUUACUUCAACGCCCUGUUUGACUACGAUCCGGCCACGAUGAGCCCAAACCCGGACGCCUGCGAAGAGGAGCUGCCUUUCAACGAGGGUGAUACAAUCAAGGUGUACGGUGAGAAGGAUCCAGACGGUUUCUACUGGGGUGAGCUGCGCGGACGUCAAGGUUUCGUCCCGCACAACAUGGUCCAGGAGGUGGAGGACGGCGCCCAGGGCGGUGUUGGUCCGUCCGUACGUGGCAUAAGCCGCGACCGUUGGGGAGACAUCUACGCCAACAUGCCAGUAAGACGAAUGUUCGCCCUGUACGAUUACGACCCACAGGAGCUGAGCCCGAACGUGGACGCCGAGGUGGAACUGAGUUUCCAAACCGGCGCCGUCAUACUCGUGUAUGGUGACAUGGACGAGGACGGCUUCUACAUGGGCGAGCUGGACGGCGUGCGCGGGCUGGUGCCGUCCAACUUCCUCACGGAAGCACCGGACCAGUACAGCCAGCAGGGCCCGGCCGGCAACAACCUCGCCCAGCGCACGCUCAACAGUGGCAACAACCGCGGUCGAGGGAUCGGACCGGGGGCUCGCGGCCCGCCGCCGCCACCGCGGGAUGCCAUGAUGGGCGGCAUGGGUGGCAUGGGCCAACGGGGUCCGCAACGGAAAGAUGCUCGCCCUUCUUCCCCUACAUUAUUAGACAACAUGGGUCACCCUGCCAUGGGUCACCAAACGCAGGGGAUGUCGGGGAUAGGCGGGAUGAUCGGUCAAGGGAUAGGGAUCGGUGGUAAUGUCGGCGGCAUGACCGGUAUGACGCAGCAGCAGCAGCCAAUGCAGCAGCAGCAGCAGCAAACGUCGAUGCAGCAGUCCAAUCAGCAGCAGAUGCGUAACAACCAGCCGCAACAGCAGCAGCAACCGAUGAUGCAACAGUCCCACCUGCAGCAGCAACAGCAGCAACCGAUGAUGCAGCAGCAGCAACAGCCGACCCCGACGACGACCGCCUCCUCCGGGGGUGUGUUCUCCACCGCCAGCAACCUGCUGUCCGGGGCGGCCGGAGCCGCUACCGGUGGGUUGUUUGGCAAGAAGCCCGCCGCCCAGCAGCAACAGCAACAACCGAUGCAGCAGCAAUCUUCCGGCCCAUUCGGCGGAUUCGGUAUGGGCGGUGGUCAGCAGCAGCAACAGCAGCAGCAGCAGCAACAACAACAGCCCAUGCAGCAACAACAGCAGCAGCAACCCGGUGGCCAGCCGGGUCAGCAGCAGCCCGGCGGUCCGAACAUCAUGGGCAAGAUCCAGGAGAUGGCCGCCCCAGGUGGAGACAUUCUGUCCAAGGGCAAAGAGCUAAUAUUUAUGAAAUUCGGUCUCGGUGGUAAAUAACCCCAGGCGUUUGAUUAUGCUUAUUGUUAUGGUUAUUAUCCUAAUUGUAACUA